UUUGUUCAGUCAUCAACAGCAUUCGUGACUGGCAACGUCGUUUCGUUCGUCCGUCGCCGAAAGAAAUCGAGAAUUUCAGAAGAUUUUUGGAUUCUACUGCCCCACAAGGCAGUGCAGCUUCUUCUUCUUCUUCUUAGCCGCGGCGCGGGUGUGUGUGCGUGUGUGCCCCCUCUCUCUGUCACUGUGUGUGUACGUCGUGUGUGUGUGAGUGCGUGUGUGCCGAAGAAUUCCCCCCCACCCACUUCAUACAACAAGAAAAAUAAUUCAUUAACAAAAAAAAGAAAUUAAUUGCAAAAGAAUGAAUCUCGCUUGCCAAGAAGAAGAAACGUAUUGAUCAUAUUUAUAAACAAAACAGCACACAGCCAAAUCACAAAAAGGACUAAACGAACGUUAAAUAUAAUAUAACUGUUUAUUAUUUUUUUCAAGUGCAUUUUGGUUCGCUAAAAUAUGUGCGCGAGUAUGAGUGUCAAGUGUAAACAACAACAACAACAGCAACAACGACAGCAAACAUGUGCAAAAUAAGUCACAGCCAGAAAGCAACAACAACAACAACUACUACAACUACUGCAACAACGGCAACAUAAUUAUAAUGGCUUGAAAGAAAUCACACACACAACAACAUCAACAUCAACAACAGGCAACAACCAAAACAACAACAUCAUACCCUCACCAUUCAACAACAACAACUACAACAACAAAAUCCUCCCACACAACAACAACAACAACAGCAGCAAGAAGAAGAACCAACCGCCUUCCAAAAAAUCCAAAAGAUUCUUUUUCCGGAACCUAAAGUGAACAAAAUAAGAAACAUAACACAUAACCAACCAUAAAAUCAUAAUAAUCAUAAUAAUAACACACCGAAAUUGGCUUAUUUAUGCAUUUUUUUGAGCACGUAACAAGAAACAUAAUACUUAAGGUGUAAAUGUGAUGACUAAAAAACGACAACAACCAAUUUAUGACAAUUAACUAACAAGUAAAAUCGAAACGACAAACAGAAAAGCUGAACUCAAAACAGCAUAGAACACAAAUAUAAUGCCAGGCCUUAUAGCCUUAUAAGCCACAAAAUUGGUACAAUCCAAAAACUGAAAAGCCCUGAAAAACAACAAGCAAAUAAAACAAAAAACAAAAAAGCAUAAGCAUAAAAAACUGACUGAGAAUUAUUGAAUUAACCCAAGAAAGCCCACGAAUGCAGCCAACAUUGCCACAAGCCGCUGGGACAGCCGAUAUGGAUCUGACGGCUGUUCAAUCAAUCAACGAUUGGUUUUUCAAAAAGGAGCAAAUUUAUUUAUUGGCACAGUUUUGGCAACAGCGCGCAACCCUUGCCGAAAAGGAAGUGAACACACUCAAGGAGCAGCUAUCCACCGGCAAUCCCGACAGCAAUCUCAACAGCGAGAACAGCGAUACAGCAGCAGCGGCAGCAGCAGCAGCAGCAAACACAAACGACAUCGAGGACAUUGAGCUACAGCAGCAGCAGCAGCAACAGUUGCAACAACAGUUGCAGCAAACGGACAGCGAGAAGCUGCUGAACAGCUCCAUUGUUGCAGCGGCCAUAACGCUGCAGCAGCAGAACGGCAGCAAUCUGCUGGCAAACACAAAUACGCCGUCGCCCUCGCCGCCGUUGCUCAGCGCCGAGCAGCAGCAGCAGUUGCAUAGCACAUUGCAACAGAGCGGCGGUGUUGGCGGCGCUAUUGGCGGCGCUUGCCUCAAUCCCAAACUCUUCUUCAAUCACGCCCAGCAGAUGAUGAUGAUGGAGGCGGCAGCCGCGGCAGCAGCGGCGGCCUUGCAACAGCAGCAGCAACAGCAAUCGCCCCUCCAUUCGCCGGCGAAUGAAGUUGCCACGCCCACAGAACAGCCAGCGGCAACAGUUGCAGUAGCAGCAGCAGCAGCAACGCUUGCCACUGGCAACAUGAAGAGCGGCAACAACAGCAGCAACGUCAAUCACAACAGCAACAGCAACAACAACAGUCACCAGGACGAAGAGGAGCUGGACGACGAAGAGGAGGAGGAGGAGGACGAGGAGGAGGCGGAGGCGGAAGCGGAACAAGCGGAGGAGGAGGAUGAGGAGGAGGAUGAUGAGGAGGAGGAGAAUGCCUCGAUGCAAUCGAAUGCUGAUGACAUGGAGCUGGAUGCACAGCAAGAAACCAGAACUGAGCCAAGUGCAACAACAACACAACAGCAGCAGCAGGAUGCAGAGGAUGUUGCGGAGAAGAAGGAGGAUGCGGGGGAGGCUAGUUUAAAUGUUAGCAAUAAUCACAAUACAACAACCGAUAGCAAUAAUAGUUGUAGUCGAAAGAACAACAAUGGCAGUGGCGCUGCAAGUGGCGGCAAUGAAAGUGAGCAACAUGUUGCAAGUUCAGCGGAGGACGAUGAUUGCGCCAACAACAAUACGAAUACCAGCAAUAACAACAAUGCCAGCAACACAGCCACCAGCAACACCAACACGAACAACAACAACAAUAAUAAUAAUAACAACAACAGCACCAACAACAAUAAUAACAACAACAACAAUCACAGCAGCAGCGGCAACAGCGAGAAGCGCAAGAAGAAGAACAAUAACAACAACAAUGGACAGCCUGCUGUUCUACUAGCUGCCAAAGAUAAAGAGAUUAAAGCACUGCUGGACGAACUGCAACGCUUGAGGGCACAGGAGCAGACGCACCUGGUGCAGAUCCAGCGACUGGAGGAGCACCUGGAGGUCAAGCGCCAGCACAUCAUCCGUUUGGAGGCGCGUCUGGAUAAGCAGCAAAUCAAUGAGGCGCUGGCCGAGGCAACCGCUUUGGCAGCUGCCGCCGCCACCAACAACAACAACAAUAGCCAGAGCAGCGACAACAACAAGAAGCUGAAUACCAGCGCCGAAAGAGCGAUGGAUGCCGAUCUGCCGGAGUCCACAAAGGCGCCACUAGCAACGGCGAACGAGGAUGAGGAUGACGAGCAGGCCAUGCUGGUGGACAGCGAGGAAGCGGAGGAUAAGCCAGAGGAGUCGCAUCAACACGAUGAGGACGACGAGGAGGACGAGGCCGAGGAUCGGGAGGCGGUCAAUGCCAACAACACCAACACCAACACCAACUCCAUCGAUAGCAACGAGCUCAAAAUCAAAAAGGAACAGCACAGUCCGCUGGAUCUGAAUGUGCUCAGUCCGAAUUCGGCGAUCGCCGCUGCAGCCGCGGCCGCCGCUGCCGCCGCCUGCGCCAAUGAUCCCAACAAAUUCCAGGCACUGCUCAUCGAGCGGACCAAGGCCUUGGCCGCCGAGGCGCUCAAGAAUGGAGCCAGCGAUGCCCUCAGCGAAGAAACCAACCGAAAUCGUGCAGAAGAAGAAGACGCAGUGUCGCCAACUGCAACUGCAACUGCUACACUUGCAACACUUGCAGCACUGGCAACACCUGCAACACUUGCCACAACUGCAGCACUUGCAACAACUGCAGCACUUGCCAAAACUGCAGCACAUGCAACAACUGCAGCACUUGCAGCACCUGCAACACUUGCAACAACUGCAAAACUUGCAACAUCUGCAACACUUGCAACAACUGCAACACUGGCAACACGUGCAGCACCUGCAACAGUGGCAAGCCAGUGCGAGUCGCAGGCAAAAGCCAGCCAUGAGAUGGCGGCGCCCAAGCAGGAGAUCGAAGAAGUGGAUGACGAUGAGGUGGAGGAGCUGGAGGAGGAUGCCACCGAUGAGCAGCCGGUGAUCCUGCCGCAGCAACUGGUCAACGACUAUUGGCGCCGUGGCUUUGUCGCUGAAACGGGGCACAGCAGCAAUGGGAGCAAAACGCCAACAAUUUAUCAAAAUUUUAAGGUCGAGCAGCAGCAGCAGCAACAGCAGCAGGCACAGUUGCUGCCGCCACCGCCGCCGCCGCCACCACCCGCAGCACCACCAACAGCAGCACCACCCCUUUCGCAGCAACAACAUCUACACUUUUCACAGCAACAACAGCAACAACAACAGCAACAACAUUUACAACAGCAACAUGGACCAUCGUCCACAGCGCUGCUUAGUCAACUGGUUAACUCAACAUUUUCCAACUCUUCAAACUCUUCUCGCCUAGAUGCCCACCACCACCAGCAGCAGCAGCAGCACCACCACCAACACCACCAGCAGCAGCAGCACCACCACCAGCAGCAGCAGCACCAUCAGCAGCAGCAACACCUCCACCAGCAACAUCAUCAUCACCUGCAACAGCAGCAGCAACCAAACAGCGGCAGCAGCAGCAACAACAGCAAUGCGGCAAACAACGAGCAUGGUCAUCAUGGUCAUCACUUGCAUGGCCAUGGUCAUGGCGGUUUGCUGCAUCCAUCGGCGGCGCACCAUCUGCACCACCAGGCGGCGAACGAAUCCAACUCGAAUUCGAGCACACCCACAGCGCUGGGCAAUGCAAGUGGUAGCAGCGGCAGUGGUGCGAGCAACAGCAGCAAUGCCAACAGCACCACCGCUCAAUUGGCGGCCAGUUUGGCCAGCACACUGAAUGGCGGCAAAUCGCUGUUGCAGGAUGAUGCCACCAGCAAUGGCUUGGCCACCGCUGCCGCCAUGGCCGCACAUGCCCAGCAUGCGGCUGCUACCCUGGGACCGGGCUUUUUGCCCGGCCUGCCGCCUGCGUUUCAAUUUGCCGCCGCCGCUCAAGUGGCCGCCGGUGGCGAUGGGCGUGGCCAUUAUCGUUUCGCCGACUCCGAGUUGCAGCUGCCACCGGGCGCCUCGAUGGCCGGUCGUUUGGGUGAAUCACUAAUACCCAAAGGUGAUCCCAUGGAGGCCAAGCUGCAGGAGAUGUUGCGCUACAACAUGGACAAGUAUGCCAAUCAAGCGCUGGAUACCCUGCACAUUUCGCGACGUGUACGCGAAUUGCUCUCAGUGCACAACAUUGGCCAACGGCUAUUUGCCAAAUAUAUAUUGGGACUGUCGCAGGGCACCGUGUCCGAGUUGCUGAGCAAACCGAAGCCGUGGGACAAGCUGACGGAGAAGGGACGCGAUAGCUAUCGCAAGAUGCACGCCUGGGCCUGUGACGAUAAUGCCGUCAUGCUGCUCAAAUCGCUGAUACCCAAGAAAGAUUCUGGACUGCCGCAGUAUGCGGGUCGUGGUGCCGGCGGCGCUGGCGGCGAUGAUUCCAUGUCCGAGGAUCGGAUUGCCCACAUCCUCAGCGAAGCCUCAUCGCUGAUGAAACAGAGCAGCGUGGCCCAGCAUCGCAGUCACGGCGGCGAGGAUUCGCACAGCAAUGAGGAUAGCAAAUCGCCACCACAGAGCUGCACAUCGCCGUUCUUCAAGGUGGAACAGCAGCUGAAGCAGCAUCAGCAUCUCAAUCCCGACCAGGCAGCCGCUGCCCAGCAGCGGGAAAGGGAACGCGAGCAACGGGAGAGGGAACGGGAGCAGCAGCAGCGAUUGCGGCACGAGGAUUUGGCCCAGGACAAGAUGGCACGUCUCUAUCAGGAGCUAAUUGCACGCACACCACGUGAAACAGCCUUUCCCAGCUUUCUCUUCUCACCCUCGCUAUUUGGAGGAGCCGCUGGCAUGCCGGGCGCCGCCAGCAAUGCCUUUCCCGCCAUGGCCGAUGAGAAUAUGCGUCACGUCUUCGAGCGCGAGAUUGCCAAGCUGCAGCAGCACCAGCAGCAACAGCAGCAGGCUGCCCAGGCACAGGCACAGUUCCCCAACUUCUCCAGCCUGAUGGCGCUGCAGCAGCAGGUCCUCAAUGGUGCACAGGAUCUCUCGCUGGCUGCCGCCGCUGCCAAGGACAUCAAGCUGAAUGGUCAACGCAAUUCGCUGGAACACAGCGCCGGCAGCAGCAGUUGCUCCAAGGAUGGCGAACGCGAUGAUGCCUAUGCCAGCUCACUGCACGGACGCAAAUCCGAGGGUAGCGGCACACCCGCACCACCUGCCCCGCCAUCGGGUGGUGCCAGUGUACCAACUGGAACAGCCGCACCACCAGCCGGCGGUGCGAGCAGCAAUUCGGCAGCACCCAGUCCGCUGAGCAACUCCAUACUGCCGCCGGCACUGAGCAGCCAGGGUGAGGAGUUUGCGGCGACAGCAAGUCCGCUGCAGCGCAUGGCAUCGAUUACCAAUUCGUUGAUUACCCAACCGCCGGUGACGCCGCACCACAGUACACCACAGCGACCCACCAAGGCGGUGCUGCCGCCCAUCACCCAGCAACAGUUCGAUAUGUUCAACAAUCUGAACACCGAGGAUAUUGUGCGGCGUGUGAAGGAGGCACUAUCGCAGUACUCCAUUUCGCAGCGUUUGUUUGGCGAAUCAGUGUUGGGUUUGUCGCAGGGAUCCGUAUCCGAUCUACUGGCCAGACCCAAGCCAUGGCACAUGCUCACGCAGAAGGGGCGUGAACCCUUCAUACGCAUGAAGAUGUUCCUCGAGGAUGAGAAUGCGGUGCACAAGCUGGUGGCCAGCCAGUAUAAGAUCGCGCCCGAGAAGCUAAUGCGCACGGGCAGCUACAGUGGCAGUCCGCAGAUGCCGCAGGGAUUGGCCAGCAAAAUGCAAGCGGCCUCGCUGCCCAUGCAAAAGAUGAUGAGCGAACUGAAGCUGCAGGAGCCGGCACAGGCGCAGCAUCUGAUGCAGCAAAUGCAGGCGGCGGCCAUGUCGGCGGCCAUGCAACAGCAGCAGCAGCAAGUGGCACAGGCGCAACAGCAGGCACAGCAGCAGGCGCAACAGCAGGCGCAACAGCAUCUGCAGCAGCAGGCGCAACAGCAUCUGCAACAGCAGCAGCAACAUCUCGUCCAGCAGCAGCAUCCACAUCAGCAGCACCAUCAAGCGGCCGCCGCCGCUGCUGCGCUGCAUCACCAGAGCAUGUUGCUAACCUCGCCGGGAUUGCCGCCCCAACAUGCCAUCAGUCUGCCACCAUCGGCGGUGGGUGGUGCACAGCCAGGUGGUGGUGGUCCGGGUGGCAAUCAGGGCGGUUCGAAUCCAUCGAACAGCGAUAAGAAACCGAUGCUGAUGCCCGUGCAUGGCACCAAUGCCAUGCGUAGUCUGCAUCAGCAUAUGUCGCCCACCGUUUACGAGAUGGCCGCAUUGACCCAGGAUCUGGACACGCACGACAUCACCACCAAGAUCAAGGAGGCGCUGUUGGCCAACAAUAUCGGUCAGAAGAUAUUUGGCGAAGCCGUUUUGGGACUUUCUCAGGGCUCCGUGUCCGAGCUGCUGAGCAAACCGAAGCCAUGGCACAUGCUCUCCAUCAAGGGCCGGGAACCAUUCAUCCGGAUGCAAUUGUGGCUCAGCGAUGCCAACAAUGUGGAGCGAUUGCAGUUGCUGAAGAACGAGCGACGGGAGGCCAGCAAACGGCGCAGGAGCACGGGCCCCAAUCAACAGGACAAUAGUAGCGAUACCUCCAGCAAUGAUACCAAUGAUUUCUAUACCAGCAGUCCGGGUCCCGGAUCUGUGGGCUCUGGUGUUGGCGGUGCACCGCCAAGCAAAAAGCAACGUGUCCUCUUCUCCGAGGAGCAAAAGGAGGCACUGCGUCUGGCAUUCGCCUUGGAUCCGUAUCCAAAUGUGGGCACCAUUGAGUUUCUGGCCAACGAGUUGGGUCUGGCAACGCGUACGAUCACCAACUGGUUCCACAAUCAUCGCAUGCGUUUGAAGCAACAGGUGCCCCAUGGACCGGCCGGUCAGGAUAAUCCGAUUCCGAGUCGCGAGAGUACCAGUGCCACGCCCUUCGAUCCCGUCCAAUUCCGCAUCCUGCUGCAGCAGCGCCUGCUGGAGCUGCACAAGGAGCGCAUGGGCAUGAGCGGUGCCCCCAUACCCUAUCCGCCCUACUUUGCGGCCGCUGCCAUUUUGGGACGCAGUCUGGCGGGGAUUCCCGGUGCCGCUGCGGCCGCUGGAGCAGCUGCAGCAGCUGCCGCUGUUGGCGCCACUGGCGGUGAUGAGUUGCAGGCUUUGAAUCAGGCAUUCAAGGAACAGAUGAGCGGCCUGGAUCUAUCGAUGCCCACAUUGAAGCGGGAACGCAGCGAUGACUAUCAGGAUGAUAUGGAAAUGGAGGGCGCUGGUCACAAUCUGAGUGACAAUGAAUCGCUGGAGGGCCAGGAGCCCGAGGACAAGACCACCGACUACGAGAAGGUGCUGCACAAAUCCGCAUUGGCCGCCGCCGCCGCCUACAUGUCCAAUGCGGUGCGCAGUUCGCGACGCAAGCCAGCUGCACCACAGUGGGUCAAUCCCGCCGGUGCGGUGACCAAUCCCAGUGCUGUUGUCGCCGCCGUUGCUGCCGCCGCCGCUGCAGCAGCGGACAAUGAGCGCAUCAUCAAUGGUGUGUGCGUGAUGCAGGCAUCCGAGUAUGGACGCGAUACGGAUGCGGAUAGCAAUAAGCCAACGGAUGGUGGCAACGAUUCCGAUCAUGAGCAUGCCCAGCUGGAGAUCGAUCAGCGUUUCAUGGAGCCGGAGGUGCACAUCAAACAGGAGGAGGAUGACGAUGAUGAGCCAACGGUUCAGCAAGCGAUUCAACUGGACAGCGAGGAGACGGCGAGCAGUGAGCAGCAAAAACUGAAGGUGAUCAACGAGGAGAAGCUGCGCAUGGUGCGAGUUCGCCGACUGAGCAGCACUGGCGCUGCCUCCUCCGAUGAGAUGCCAGCUCCACUGGCGCCACCACCACCACCUCCAGCAGUCACUGCCUCCUCCGUUGCCAGCGGAGAGAGCAACACCACCAGCAGCAACAGCAGCAGCAGCAACAGCAGCAACAGCAACAGCAGCAGCAGCAGCACACCAGCGGUAACCACUGCAGCUGCAACUGCGGCAGCCGCUUGGAAUUACUAAAGUAAUUAACAGAAUUAACCGAAUUAAUCGAACUAAAUAUGAAUUCAGUGCAAUGUGUAGAGAGGAGCGGAGAUGGAAACGCGUUUACUUGUGAUUAAGUUUGAAUGUUUAAACGAUGUGAGGACCCAGGAGACAUACAUACAUACAUAAAUACAUGCAUACAUACAUAGAAAUAGCACUUAGGCACUAGAAAACUAUAUAUUUUUUUUGUUUUUUUUUUUUAUUAAACAUUAACUACUAAAUAUAGGCGUUAGUUGUAGACGUUAAGGUAGCCUUAGGUUGAGGAGUUGUAAUAGUUGUAGCUAAAAGUUUAGAGACGCUAUGCGAUGAAGAUGAUAAUGAUCAUAAUGAUGAUGAUGAUGGUGAUGAUCAUAAUGCUGAUCAUAAUGAUGAUAAGGAUGAUAAGAGAGAGCAGCGCAAAAGUAUUAAUGAGAAAAUAAACCCCAUUUAAGUACCCCCGACUUGCCGAAGAACUUUAACCAAAAUGUCGAGAUCCAAUUGAUAGUGAAAGAUUUGAUCUUGCAAAGAUGUUCGAUUUCGAUUUCGAUUUUUCGAUUUGUUUCUACUUGAAGACUGUAAGCAAAGGCGGUAGGAUUGAUAACUACACACGUAAUUCUAUUCUAUACAUACAUAUACAUAUAUAUAUAUAUAUUUUUUUUUUUUUUUGAGAAACUAUUAUAUGAUUAUUAGCAGUGUAGCUGGUUAAGUGUAAAUAAAUAAUUAAAUGAAUGAUGAUUAACGAUUGACGUUGUACAUAGAUUUCUUGCGAGGCAUGAUCUUGCUGUCGUUCUUCCUAAACAAAAAAUCCUACCUUCUACCACCCUCAGCAACCGACUUGUUUAACUAUCUUUUGAUCUCAAGCAAAACAAAAACAAAAACAAAAUAAAACAAAACAAAAGCGUAAACGAAAAGGAAAAGGAAACAAAACAAAGUAAAGCAGAAAUUGAUAGGGGAAAUGUGGAAGGAAUGGAAUGAAAAUCCAAAGUAAAAGAUAGU